AAUAUUUUCAAUUCACUUUCGCCUUCCAUGUAUCGUUCCAAUGCCGUUGUCUUUUAUUUAUUUAUAUAUUUUUACCGACAUUGAAACAAUGAACCAAAGAUUUUAAAGUCAAAUAUUCCUUGAAAUUUAAAAGUUAAAUUAAAAAGAAAUACUCUAAAAAGAAAACUAACAAAUAAAAAAAAAAAAGAAAAAAAAGAAAAAUGAAGAAACAGGCACUGUCAGUUUCAUCUUAUCGCUGGGGCCUCUCACUGCAUUGAGGCUGAGACCGUCAAUUCCAUCUCUAUGGAGAUCAAAAAUAAAAAAUUAAAAUUUAACGGUGGAUGAUCGACUAGAGAAUGCUGAAGCCGUAUCAAGUAUAUAACACACACAGCCUUUCACUCUGCUACAACGACUACUUACUUUUACAACUGCUUCUGUGUUUCUGGUCUUCUCUAUUCUCUCUCUGUCUCUCUCUCGCAAGAAACACCAAGAAAAUUUUAUAUCUUCUCCAAGUAGCACACAAGAAUUCUUCAAUGGCGAAAUCUAUUUGCUUUUGUUUACAGAAGCUUGUGUUUUUCAUCUUGUUGAGUGCCAUCGUUUCUCAUGCCAGACCACCACAAGUGCUUCCUCGUCAAGAGCCAAGCUACCUGAAGUUCGUGUUCAACGCCACGGACUUACCCUCGGAGGACUACUACGACUACAUCGUCGUCGGAGGAGGCACCGCCGGCUGCCCAUUGGCGGCGAGUCUCUCCCACACAUUCCGAGUCCUCUUGCUGGAACGCGGUGGAAUCGCAUACGGCAAGGCCAACCUCAUGACCCAAGACGGUUUCUUAUCCACCCUAGUGGAAGUCAACGCCUUUGACUCGCCGGCCCAAGCCUUCACCUCAGAAGACGGAGUUCCGAACGCCAGGGGUCGCGUUCUCGGCGGCAGCAGUGCGAUUAACGCCGGCUUCUACAGCCGAGCCGACAUGGACUUUUAUAAGAAUUCGGGGAUCAACUGGGACCUCAAGCUGGUCAACGAAUCCUACGAUUGGGUCGAAAGGGCAAUCGUUUUCCGACCCGAAUUGAAGAACUGGCAGUCGGCGGUACGUGACGGGUUGCUGGAAGCGGGUGUGGAUCCCUAUAAUGGGUUCAGUUUGGAUCAUAUUCCGGGUACCAAGAUUGGCGGGUCGACGUUCGAUAGCUUCGGACGGAGACACAGUGCGGCGGAUCUUUUGCUCUACGCCAGGGCCGCGAAUAUCCGAGUUGGGGUUUACGCAAGCGUCGAGAGGGUUCUCUUGGCCUCGACGACGCCAUUUUCUGGGUCAAGACAGUCGGCCAUUGGCGUCGUUUUCAGGGAUUCGAACGGGAGGUACCACCACGCGAUGGUGAGGAGGCACGGCGAGGUGAUUCUCUCUGCCGGCGCAAUCGGAAGCCCACAGCUGCUCCUUCUCUCCGGCGUUGGUCCCCGGCCACAACUCUCGGCUUGGGGAAUUCCAGUGGCCCGCCAUUCACCCUACGUCGGACAGUUUCUGUACGAUAAUCCCAGGAAUGGAAUCUCCAUUGUCCCUUCGAUUCCGUUGGAGCAUUCUCUCAUACAGGUUGUGGGCAUUACUGAAGACGGAGCUUACAUCGAAGCAGCUUCCAAUAUCAUUCCCUUCGCUUCGCCAGCUCGCUCAGUCUUCAUCCAUACACCGUCUUCUCCACUGUACCUAACGGUGGCAACUCUCAUGGAGAAGAUCGUGGGCCCGGUGUCAUCUGGGUCGCUGAGACUGGGUUCAUUGGACGUGAGAGUGAACCCCAUUAUCCGAUUCAACUACUUCAACAACCCGGUGGACGUCCGGCGGUGCGUGAACGGCACGAGGAAGCUCGCCGGAGUGCUGAGGAGCCGGUCCAUGGAGGAUUUCAAGUUCAGGGACUGGUUCGGGAACAGGGAUUUCAGGUUCGUUGGGCCAGCGCUGCCUGUGAACCAAACGGAUGAGGAUCAGAUGGCGGACUUCUGCAGGAGGACGGUGAGCACGAUCUGGCACUACCAUGGAGGUUGCGUGGUUGGGAAGGUGGUUGAUGGGGAUUUCAUGGUUAUGGGGAUGAAUGGGCUUCGGGUCGUUGACGGGUCGGUGUUUGGUGUGUCGCCGGGGACGAACCCUCAGGCGACGUUGAUGAUGAUGGGGAGGUAUGUGGGGAUGAAGAUCAUAAGGGACCGGUUGAGAUAUAGUUGAUUGAUUGUUUCGUGGGAAAAAAGCAUAGAGAGGUUACCCGCCAAAUUCCUUGCUCGUUUUCGAAAUUUGUGUAGAGAUUUUGACUUUGACUUUUUUGAAUUAGGAUUUUCUUUCUUUUAUGAAUAUUUGUUGUAAAUCUGUAAAGGAAGAUUAAAGGGCCCAAUGGGGUUACAUUUAGACCCAAUGACCCAAUUCUU